AUGUCCCAGACCGAGUGGUUCUUCCCUGACGGCCCGACAGACAGCCACCCUUCCCAGAUGUACGUCUCCUCCGGAUCCAACGGCAGUGGACCUGCCUUUCAAUCACCCCCGUCGUACGACGCGAACGUCAACGCGCCCCAAGUCAACCUCUGGGACGGUCAACCUCAGGACUUCGUGCUCGGCCCCGCCGCCAGUGUCAGUCAUGUUACGGACGCGCAGCAGAACUACUACGCACCGCCGUCCUUGUCUCAAGCCCAACCGCAGAUGCCGUGGCAAGCCAUGCUCGACCCUGCCCUUCUCGGCGCCGGUUCGUUCGUGGAACAACCUUACCAGCCGGAGGGUCAGCAGCUGUACUCCCAAGGCAUCCUCGAUUCUUCGUAUUCGAAUGAAGGCUUCGGCGCGGUAAACCAGCAGCAGCAGCAGCAUCCGAGUCAGCAGCACUGGGACCCUCUGCAGUAUGCCCAAGCCGCUUCCGGUUCGGGUUAUUACACGGGACCGUCUACCGAGGUGUAUGCUACACAAUACGCUCAGCCCGAUCGCGCCCCCGUUCCCACUGCCCCCGUUCCCGACACCGCAUACUACUAUCUUGGGGCACCUCCCGAGGCCGUAUCCCAGCGAAGCCAGGCCCCCCCUCCGAUUCCUUACUCGACCCGCCCCGACACUGGUUCCGAGCGCGUCCUUCGCAGCCAUCAGCGCGCCGCCGCCACGCCGUACGACAGGCCCCACCAACCGCUGCCGCCUCAUAUGAUGCCCGCCAUGCACCCGACCGCCGAGGUAUCCCACUUCUCGCACACCCAUCAUCACCCUCACCCUCACGGCGUGCCGCACUCGCAUCCCCACCCGCACGUCGCGCCUCCUCGGGUGCCCUUCUCCGCCCAUAACGGGCAGGCUUUGCCUCGGCAGAACAUGCUCGAUCCGUCGUUCGGCGAGAACGCUCCCCCGGCCGGCCCUUCUCGCAAUACGCGGGCGCGGACGCGUCAGAACGCUACCAGGGAGACGCCGCUGUGUGGGCACGCGGACGCUCUUGCCCCUACCGCCGGACCCUCGCGCACCACGCGCUUUCAGGCGCGUCAGAACGCCAUGCCGUACACCAAAACGCGAGGCGAGCCAAAGCCGAAGCCAAAGCAGAAGAAGAAGCUGGACCCGCCGUUUUAUUGCAAAGUCGCCCCGGGUCGUGCCAGCGGCCAUCGUCUAGAGGCCGAGUGCGAGGUGACGGGAUGCCAAAAGAAAGGACCAUACAACUGGUGGGAGAUGCACGAUCACAUGAUCGCCGUCCACUUCACCCGCAACGAGCAAGGUCUGUACGUAUGCCCAUGGGACCCGGACUGCGUAGGGGACAGUAAGACGAUGGUCCGCCACGUCCUUGGUCCUCAUGCCCGAGUGGGCGUCAGAGAUGGGGACGGGAAUAUUGUGGCCCGACCCGAUAUGAUCAAACGCAAGUACCAACGGUACGCGUUGGAGCAAGCGAGGAGACGAAGACGCUGA